AUGUCCACCGACGACAGCAACUCCUCCGGCACUCCAGCCGGUGGUGCACCGGGCGUUGUCAAUGACACGGUUCAUCCCUAUGAUCCCGAUAACUCGUCUUCUCCACUCAUCAACAUCAACGUGACCAACGUCACAAAGCUGUCCGCAUCCAACUAUUUUACGUGGAGUCUUCAACUUCGAUCUCUCCUCCAAGGCUACAACCUUGCCGCCUUUCUUGAUCUGGCUCACGCUGUCUCGGCUACAACAACUGAGAACGGCAUUGACAAGCUUCUUUUCUCGGCUAUUCUCAGAUCCAUAUCAUCCUCAUGCCAAGCUCUUAUCGCACGUUCCGCCACAACGAGUGACGCCUGGGAUAUUCUUGUCGCGACCUACGAGCGUUCUAGCCGAGGUCACGUGAAACAAAUCAAGGAAAACUUGAGACAUUUCACUAAAGGAACAAACUCUAUCGACGAGUACAUGUAUUUCUUCAAGGUGAAGGCGGAUGAACUCGCUCUCCUCGACAAGCCAUUAGAUCACGAAGAUCUAGUUGAUUUGAUUCUCAAUGGCUUAGCCGACGAGUACAAACCUGUCAAGGACGUGAUCAAUGCCCGAGAUGUCCCUAUCUCGUUCGUGGAACUCCACGAGAGGCUGUUGAAUCACGAGUAUGCUCUUCUUAGCACCUUUCCGAUUGCCUCUGUCCUUCCCGUUACGGCUCACAACACUCAGGCUCGCUCCCAAGGUUCCUCGCGAUCUUCUUGGACUCCGAAUCCCCGACCGCAGCAUGAUACAUCUGCUUCUCGACCUCGCAAACCCUCGGGGUAUCAAGGUGAAGGAUCUCGCCUUGGGGGCACAUCUCACAACCGAACAACUUAG